CAGAAACUUUUUUCUAUCGUAUUUUCUAAUUAGGGUGUUUUAGUUUUACCUUUAUUUAAGACCUACUGCAUAUAUUUGACACGAGAGCCGCUCGGACUGAUUCUUACGUUAACCGUUCUGCCCGACUCGUAAACGAGUAGACGGUUUGUGAAGCGGUACAACCGACUCAUUGAGAAGAUCCGACUCCGACUGAAUGAAUCAUUCACAAAACGGACGUCGUUAGAACACGUGGUUUUGUAAUCUGGAGACCCCGUCCUCUGUGAACCUCAACAAUGGGCAGUGUGUUGGCUGCCAGUGCCCCCAGCCCCCCUGCACCAGGGCCGGGUGGAGCGGGUUUAGUGUCAGUACCCCCAGGAUUCACGAUGCCCUCCGUCUCUCCCGUGUCUGUGCCUGGCAGCUCUUCAUCUGGGCACCAGGAGACCGAGCCUCCCCUUUCAAACCCCGGUGGCUUUGAAGAGUGCCAUCGCAAAUGCAAAGAGGUGUUUCCCAUGCAGAUGGAGGGUGUGAGACUAACAGUGAACAAGGGCUUGAGCAACCACUUCCAGGUCAACCACACAGUGUUGUUAAGCACUCUAGGAGAUUCCAGUUACAGGUUUGGAGCUACUUAUGUGGGGACCAAACAAACAGGACCAGCAGAGUCCUUUCCCGUCAUGGUUGGUGACAUGGACAACACGGGGAGCCUAAAUGCACAGAUUAUUCAUCAGAUCACAGACAGAGUGCGCUCGAAAUUUGUGUUCCAGACUCAGCAGCAAAAGUUUGUGAACUGGCAAGGAGAAACCGAAUUCAAAGGAGAAGAUUUCACUGCGGCCGUGACCAUUGGCAACCCAGACGUCUUGGUUGGGUCAGGAGUAGUUGUAGCUCAUUAUCUUCAGUCUGUCACUCCGUCGCUGGCUUUAGGGGGAGAGCUGGUGUACCACCGACGGUCCGGGGAGGAAGGAACAGUCAUGUCUCUGGCAGGCCGAUAUACAGGCAGCAACUUCAUCGCUACGCUGACACUAGGAGGAGCUGGAGCGCAUGGGUCGUAUUACCACAAAGCCAAUGAUCAGUUGCAGGUUGGCGUGGAGUUUGAAGCAAGCACCCGUAUGCAGGACACUAGUGUGUCAUUUGGAUACCAGCUGGAUGUCCCCAAAGCAGAUCUAGUCUUUAAAGGCUCUUUAGACAGUAACUGGGUGGUUGGAGCCACGCUUGAAAAAAAGCUGCAGCCUCUGCCUCUGUCCCUGGCCCUCAGCGCUUUCCUUAACCACAGAAAAAACAAGUUCCAGUGUGGGUUUGGCAUCAACAUUGGUUAAUUCUACCUUCUUUCUUGGUUAAUGCUGCUGCUACUGGUGAAAUGGUAAAGAUUGGACGCGCUUCCUUUUUUUGCACAUCUGUACAAAAUCAGUCAGUAAACUUGAAGAAAAACAAAAAAGUCAAAUUUGUUGUCAGUUCCAUGUAUCAGACCAACCUUUUUUUUGGCAGUGAUUAUUCCAAAAUUUACAACAACAAAUUUACAUUAAAACAUGAUGAGAGAAACCAAGAACAAAUACACAUACGAUUUCAUUUAGUUGUUUAUGUUCAUUUUUAAAACUAUAAAUUAUUUCCUUGUUUAUUUUUGUUUUGUGUUUAAUAAAGACGUUUUGGAUUGGAUGGUUUAUUUUCCUAAUGAUUUUAAGUUGCUGUAUCUCUGUAUUCAUAUAGGUACCUAUAUAAAUAAAACGUAUGCAUUGCAAGCAUUGUGAAACAUGGA